AUGUCCGCCCUCUCGCCUACACCAAUACAUCUCAUACGCGCCCACACAUCCUCUGUGAGCUCCGUCUCGAUCUCUGACGACAAUGAGCGAAUUUAUUCUGGCGACUCGGCUGGGAUUGUCGUCAUCACGUCGACGCGAUCUCUGCGUUCUUUAGCCUCUUGGAACGCACACACGGACAAUAUUCUGGGUGUGGAAGAAUGGGGAGAUCAGUUGAUCACACAUGCGAGGGAUAACAAGCUUCACGUAUGGAAACUUCCAAUCAAACGCGGGCCCACAUCUCUCGGGGGCUCAGCUGCACUCCCUGGUCUUCCUACGCCAGAACUGCUCUACUCGCUGGAUGUGAACGCAUUGAACUACUGUCGAUUUUCUUUAUUGGUGCUCAAACGGCGGAACCCAAGUGAGCCUGAAACAGGACAGGCGUUGAUUGCCGUGCCGAAUUUGGUCGAAUCAUCGAUGGCCGAUAUAUGGGCCCUGCCAUCCAAACAGCGAUUGCAUGCAGCUAUAGGCAAAACUGUGCUUUCUGGAAUAAAUAGCGCGGAUGGUCGAGGCUCCAGAAAUUCAACAGGUAUCAUCAUGUCGAUGCACCUCCUCCCCACAUCCAACACCGAUGACAACAUAAGCAGCCUCCGUCUCUUGGCUUCGUAUGAGAGCGGUAGUGUCAUGAUGUGGGAGUACAAAAAUACUAGCAAACCAAAGUCAAUCGAAGGCAUCGGCUGGGAAUGUUUGUGGACGGUGAAGUUGCACGUCGAAUCAGUCAUGGCGAUGGCACUCUCUCGAGAUCAUACACUUGCCUUAUCUGUCUCCGCCGACCCCAUCAUCUCGCGAUACCAAAUCUCUGUAUGUUGCACAAACACGAACGCGACUUCUCACCGCACAAAACACCCAGGAAACGGAUCCGUCGCGAUCCGUGGGGAUGCCCGCGUUUGUGCCAUUGGCGGCUGGGACGGGAAAAUACGACUAUACUCGACGAAGAGUUUCAAACCUCUUGGCACGCUCCGCUACCACAAAGACUCCGUCCAGGCGCUCGCAUGGGCGCACAGCCCAACAACAAAGGCGCAGACAAGGACACAGACAAAAACGCGGAAGCAGACACAAGCGCGCGAAGAUGAGGACGAGAUAGACGAGGGUGAGAAGGAGAAACGGGGCAGGUGGCUCAUCAGUGGUGGGAAGGACGGCAGAGUCGCUAUUUGGGAGCUUAUGGACUUUGGAGGGGAGAGGGGAUGA